AAAUAAAUGAAAAAAAAGUGCUUAAAUUUGAUAUGAUGAUGUCACUGAGGUUUCCUUUCUUGUUUUCUCAGCCUACUAACCUGCCUGGCAGUGGCAGUUCCUCUCAGAACAAUCACCGGACCACCCCUCGCUCACGGUUCUCUGCCACAUUUGCUGCCGCCACCGCCGCAUCGAUAGGAGCUGCAGCUGCCGCCGGCGUGUCUGUCGUCUCGCAGAACCCGAACCACCCGUUCUUCCAACACGCAGCGAAUCUGCUCUUGCCGAAUAGUUCUUCUCUCCUUUUGGCCUCGGUCUCUCUCGCCGAUGGAUCGGCUCCCGUCGUUGAACCGAAGAGUGGGGUUUCUUUCCCGGCGGUUCUGGGAAGUUCCCUUACACUCCUUGGUGUUGGGUUGAGGAAAAAAAGCAUCCUGGGAUUGAAGAACAUCGAUGUCUAUGCAUUCGGUGUUUAUGCUAAUGGGGAUGAUGUAAAGAAGUUUUUGAGUGAGAAAUACGGGAAUUUAUCUACUUUUGAACUUAAAAACAGUAAAGAUUUUAAUAAUGAUCUUAUGGAAGCUGAUAUAUCCAUGACUGUUAGACUUCAAAUCGUCUACAGCAAAUUGAGUAUCAAAUCCAUACGAAGCGCUUACGAAGAAUCAGUCGGAAGCAGACUCCAAAAGUUUAGUGGAUCAGAUAAUAAAGAACUACUUCAAAGGUUCACUUCUCAAUUCAAAGAUGAAUAUAAACUACCAAGAGGAUCUUUGGUAGAGCUCUCAAAGGAGCCAGGCUAUGUACUUAAGACAAUAAUUGAUGGAAAAGAAAUAGGAAGUAUAGAGAGCAAACUCCUAUGUAGAUCAAUAUUGGAUUUGUACAUUGGUGAAGAUCCAUUUGAUAGACGAGCCAAGGAUGAUGUUGAUCUGAAUGUUGCUUCUUUGUUACAACAAAAGUAGAUACAUUAUGACAUUGAUGAUGGAGGGUUCAUAAAUAAAAAAAAAACUAAAAUCCUCCUCCUCUCACCCUUUUGUUGGUUCUUAUGUUUUAUCCACCUUUGGGGAGGGGGGUUGAUGAUUUAAGACUUCUUUCAUUCAUGAAGAAGAUUGCUCCAUGUUAAAUGUUACUCUUGAGAGAUUUGAACAUUUGGUAGUGUUAUUUAUAUCCCUCACUCCCAAAACAGUUUAGAUAUAACAUGAUUUUCUUUUGAACAA